AACACAUAUUCAGUUCCAUUCUCACUGCCCAUGAAGUCAGUUGGCCUUCAACCCUGGUCAUAAUCACUGCAUUGACGGACUUGCAUAAGAAAGUGAUCAUGAAAGGCUUACAUUUGUUCUCUUUAGUUUUUUCCGUUUUUUGCUUGGGAUAUAUAUGCCCAAGAGCGUCAGCCAACCUUCGCUCAUCUGGAGCAAUUCUAUAUCAAGAAUGGAUUGGCGUUGGAUGGCGAAGAGGCUCGUCUGGCUCUUUUGGAAGAUCAAAGACGAAUCAUCGCCCUCAUGAGGACCGAUCUUCGAGGCGAUCCCAUGGCCCUACCCCAAGGAGAUGCCCCAUACACCAACAAUAUCAAUCCUCCCAUUUGGGAACCGCAUUUGUCCAACCAGGAAGUGAAAGGCCGCAUGGCAAUGACAAAAGUUACUUUCAAGGAUAAAAAGGAUUUUCUCCACCCUAAUGUGAAGCUCAACCUCUUAUAGCCACCACGCCCAUGCCACCACCUCCAACGACGACAACUACGACUACGACAAAAGCUCCAUGCCAAUCUCUCCUAGCCCCACCUCCUACGCCGCCUCCUUGUCCGAAUCGAAUUACAACGCCCGCCCCGUAUGAUCCACCUUGUGCUCGAAGAGAGUACAACAGGAAUUUUCGAUCUCAAAAUAACCAAUACCAAGCCAGACCACACCUUGAGCUGCAAGACACCGUGAACGCUUUGGAAGGACACAACCUGCAGACCAUGCUCAAAGGCCAACCAAUAACGACGACGAUCAGAACCAUUCACAUGGAACCAGCAAGAUCUGUGCAACAAGUGAGGUCUAAUUUCGGUCAACCUGGUCAACCCAAAAGAGAAGAAACAGCCGGAAAAUCUCAAUGGCUUCAAGAAGGAUCUGCAAUAAGCGCUCCUCCACCCAGAUCGGCUCCGACCUUGCUCUUGUACAAGUCAUUCUUUAAGAAUGAUAACGUGGGUCACUCUCGAAAUGAGACGGAGAGAAGUCCCAAGAAUGCGCUUCAACGUCGGGGAAGGACUACUGGCAGACGAGGGAGAAGUCACCAUUCAAGGAGACAGUAAUUGAAUUAUCAUAUUUUGUACCACAUUUAGCAAUAUACGAAAUGAACAUGCAGUAACUAUA